CCAGACUCCAGCCCGGCCGGACCCGACCCGACCGACCCGACGCCGGCCCGCCAUGGGCCCUCCGUGCCGCAGCCUCUUCGCGCUCCUGCUACUGCUGCAGGUCUCACCGAGGCUCUGCCAGGAGCCGGAGCCCUGUCGUCCCGGCUUUGGCGCCGAGAGCUACGCGUUCACGGUGCCCCGGCGGCACUUGGAGAGGGGCCGCGUCCUGGGCAGAGUGAGUUUUGAAGGAUGCACCGGUCAACCAAGGACCAUCUAUGUCUCUGAUGACACCAGAUUCAAAGUGGGCAUGGACGGUGUGCUUAUGGUCAGACGGCCUUUACAACUGCAUAAUCCAGAAAUGAGUUUUCUCAUUCACGCCUGGGACUCCACCCGCAGGAAGCUCUCCACCAAAGUGACCCUGAAGGCAGCAGAGCACAACCACCACCGCCGCCACCACCACCACCGUCAUCAUGACUCUGUCCCUGAAACCCAGGCGGAAGUGCUCACGUUUCCUGACUCCCACCAUGGUCUCAGAAGACAGAAGAGAGACUGGGUUAUCCCUCCCAUCAGCUGCCCAGAAAAUGAGAAAGGCCCAUUUCCUAAGAAUCUGGUUCAGAUCAAAUCUAACAGGGACAAAGAAACGCAGGUUUUCUACAGCAUCACUGGUCAAGGGGCUGAUGCACCCCCUGUUGGUGUGUUUAUUAUUGAAAGAGAAACAGGAUGGCUAAAGGUGACUCAGCCACUGGAUAGAGAAGCAAUUGCCAAGUACAUCCUCUUCUCUCAUGCUGUGUCUUCGAAUGGGAAUGCAAUUGAGGAUCCGAUGGAGAUUGUGAUCACAGUGACAGAUCAGAAUGACAACAGGCCCCAGUUCACCCAGGAGGUCUUUGAGGGGUCUGUCCCGGAAGGCGCUCUCCCAGGAACCUCUGUGAUGCAGGUCACGGCCACAGACGCCGAUGAUGAAGUGAACACCUACAAUGCCGCCAUCGCUUACGUCAUCCUCAGCCAAGAGCCUGAGCAGCCUCACGACCAAAUGUUCACCAUCAAUAGGGAUACAGGAGUCAUCAGCGUGCUCACCACCGGACUGGACCGUGAGAAGUUUGCCACGUAUACCCUGGUGAUUCAAGCUGCUGACCUUCAAGGUGAAGGCUUAAGCACAACUGCAAAAGCUGUGAUCACGAUCACUGACAUCAAUGACAACCCUCCCAUCUUUGAUCCGACUACGUACGAGGGGCAGGUUCCUGAGAACGAGGCUAAUGCCGUAAUUGCUACGCUCAAAGUGACUGAUGCCGAUGUCCCCGAUACCCCGGCGUGGAAGGCCAUGUACACUGUAUUAAAUGACGAGGACCAAUUUGUUGUCACCACAGACCCAGUAACCAACGACGGCAUUUUGAAAACGACUAAGGGCUUAGAUUUUGAGACCAAGCAGCAGUACAUUCUCUACGUGGCAGUGACAAAUGAGGAUGCCUUUGUGGUCACUCUGUCCACUUCCACGGCCACCAUAACUGUGGAUGUGAUGGAUGUGAACGAAGCCCCCAUCUUCAUGCCUCUCCAAAAAAGAGUGGAGGUGUCCGAAGACUUCCCAGUGGGACAGGAAAUCACAUCCUACACAGCCCAGGAUCCGGACACAUUCAUGGACCAGAAGAUAACGUAUCGGAUUUGGAGGGAUACGGCCAACUGGCUGGAGAUUAAUCCAGAGACUGGUGCCAUUUCCAGUCGGGCUGAGAUGGACAGAGAGGACUUUGAGCAUGUGAAGAACAGCACGUACACAGCCCUCAUUAUAGCUACUGACAAUGGUUCUCCACUUGCUACUGGAACGGGAACCCUUCUCCUGAUCCUCUCUGAUGUGAAUGACAAUGCCCCAGUACCAGAGCCGCGGAAUCUGGAAUUCUGCCAGAGGAGUCCACAGCCUCAAGUCAUCAACAUCAUCGAUCCAGAUCUUCCCCCCAACACAUCUCCUUUCACAGCGGAGCUAACAUAUGGGUCAAGCGUCAACUGGACCAUUGAGUACAAUGACCCAGAACAUGAAUCUCUCAUUUUGAAGCCAAAGAAAACCUUAGAGCUGGGCGAAUACAAAAUAAACCUCAGGCUUGAAGAUUACCAGAACAAAGACCAGGUGACCACCUUAGAAGUGUAUGUGUGUGACUGUGAAGGGGCCGUCACGGUCUGUAAGAGGAACAUGGCUUAUGCCGAAGCAGGAUUGCAGCUUCCUGCCAUCCUCGGGAUCCUUGGAGGCAUCCUUGCUUUGCUAAUCCUGAUUCUGCUGCUUCUGCUGUUUGUUCGGAGGAGACGGGUGGUCAAAGAGCCCUUACUGCCCCCAGAAGAUGACACCCGAGACAAUGUUUAUUACUACGAUGAAGAAGGAGGUGGAGAAGAGGACCAGGACUUUGACUUGAGCCAGUUGCACAGGGGCCUGGAUGCUCGGCCUGAAGUGACUCGCAACGACGUGGCUCCAACCCUUCUAAGUAUGCCUCAGUAUCGGCCCCGCCCUGCCAAUCCUGAUGAAAUUGGAAACUUCAUUGAUGAAAAUUUGAAGGCGGCUGAUAGCGACCCCACUGCUCCCCCUUAUGAUUCCCUGCUCGUGUUUGAUUACGAAGGAAGUGGUUCCGAAGCUGCUAGUCUGAGCUCCCUGAACUCCUCGGAGUCAGACCAAGACCAGGACUAUGACUACCUGAAUGAAUGGGGCAAUCGCUUCAAGAAGCUGGCAGAUAUGUACGGAGGUGGCGUGGAUGACUAGGGGACUCGAGACAGAUGCGGAGAGAGAUGGGUUCCUGUACUCAUGUGAUGGGAAAUGGAGGAAUAAUUUUUCUGGGGGCCUUUCAGCUCCCUUCACAUGAGAUGAAUUUCUGAGGAAGAGAGACUGUAAUCAGUGGUGCAUCUGAUUACAGGGUAGUUAUAAUUUCCACUUUGUAGAUCUGAUCUGUGUUAGAAAGAUUUUGAUGUACUCCUUGAAUCUUUUUUUUCUUUCAUCACCCUUUACAAGCUUGCAACUUGUGGAUUUUCUUAAGGGCUUUGUCUCAUUUUUAAAAGGAAGGGGAGGGUCUAUGGCCCUAUUGUUUUAUAUAUACAUAAAAAUUUAUUUUUAAUUUGUGUGCCUUUUUAAAUCCUAUCACUUCACUGGUGUCCCAUGUUCCAGUAUCCACUCUUACUCCUGAAUUUACAUUACCCCAGACAGGAGUUCUCUGAGGCAGAACUGUUGGGCCCUUUUAGGGGAAGAGGCUGUGUCUUAGUCUGGCCAUAUCGUGACUGGGUAUUGUAUACUCUUAAGGCCCUUAAUCGUUUUCUUUUUUUAUCUCCUGAGUGUGUAACUUGAAACGGACAUCUAUCCAUUUACUUGUUCCGAGUCAGAAUGUUUGUUAUGUGACUGUCAUUAUGGGGUACUUUGGUUCUAAACAAGGAGGCUUGACCAGAAAAGGUGAUGAGUUUUCAGGUGCCACUCACCUUUUAAUGUUUAUCACUAAAACUUAAAAGAGUGAUAUAUUUCGAGACUCAGAACAGUGCCUAAAGUGUUGCAGCCAAAGAGAGAAAAGAAGAUGGCUUGUCACAGCAGAUGGAAAACAUGACAAGUGGGCUUGGAGAUGGCAGGAGAAAUUGUCACUGAGCCUGGCAAUUUAAUAAACUAAGGCCGAGAGUGGUUGAGGUGUCUCUACCUCUAGCCCUGAAAAUUCUGGAAGAAUGGAUGAACCUCAACAUGUGCUUCCUACCAGGAUCUUUAUACCAUGGUUUGUACUCGCAGCCCAGAAUCCCCAAGUGCUUGCUUCUGGUGAUGUCCACAGGAAAUACUGGCCAAUCUGGACACAUUUGCCCCAAAUUCCAAGAAAACUGAGAAUGUUAGAAACUCCAAAUGUUUUCUUAGGAGCAGGGGAUUUGGGGGUAAGGAGAACCUCAAUUUGGAUAUUCUUUUUGUUGAAAUGUGACCAUCAAGAAACUUUUGACAACCACAGAAAAGAAGUUUAUCUUGUUUUAUUUUCCAUCAACUGUUUUUCGAAGAAAAAAAUCAUCCCUGCAACCACGUCUUGGAAUUGUCUUGAUUUUUUGGCAAUUUAAACUCUAAUGUAGUUCUGUGUAGAUAGACUGUCACUAUAGUUUUGAGUGUAUAUGUGUGUGGGUGCUGAUAAUUUCUAUUUUCUUUGGGGGUGGGAAAGGAAAACAAGCCGAUAAACUU